AUGGUGAGUGUUGUUUAAGUUAAACAAAAUUUGAUUCUUAUGAAGGCUUGGAUGUGUUCAUUACUGGAUAUAAGAGGACUUGUACAGAGCAAUGUAGCGUGGCUAUUUUUGAACGCAAGACAAUGGAAAAUAGAGUUCAUCUGUGGGAUUUGCCUAAGUUGUGGAUAAUAUCUUUUGGGAAAACGUUAAGAAAUUUUUUGGCUUCCUCUUUCUGCUUUCAAUAUAUUCGAUUGUUAUAAAACUGCUAGUUUUUAGUAAACAAGACAUUUUGAAAGCUAUCAUUUGGGUGGAGUGCAUGGCAAAGUUGGGAAAACUUAAAAUUUAUCUUAGGAGAAUGUUGGGGCAGAUGUGAGGAUAAGGCCAAGUCACAUAACAUAAUUUUUACCAAGGGUAAUAAGCAAAGUAUCUUACACAUGAAUGGAUGAGUGAGAUGCAAACAUGCAAGGAGCGGAGGAAAUAAGGGCUUGCAAUGAUCACCAUUAACUGAUGGCAGUCCUAGCUGGCCUGGUACAACUGUAUUUUAAACCUGCAUGACAGGAAUCUAAAGGUGUUGGAGAACAAGGUCAAAAGAGAGAGGGAGUGGAGGUUCCCCUUUUACCCUCUUCCCCCUCCCCUUUUUCUCGUUUCAACAUGGCUUCCUCAAACAGACAUAACAAAUGGACAAUCAGGGGAGGGGGGGGGAGGGGGGAAAGUGUCUAAAAAUCAAUUGACAUUGUUGCCAAUGUUCCCCUUAGAACACGAUAUUAUUAAAGAACAGCAGGGUUAUUAAGGGGUCCAUUUUAGAGUUGAGAGAGAGAGAGAGUUGACUGUAAAACCAAAACCUUUUAAGACAUGAUUGUUUAUUAUUAUUAUUAUUAUUAUUAUUAUUAUUAUUAUUAUUGUUAUUAUUAUUAUUAUUUGUCAUCUUCAGCUUCAACGUCAGCUUGAUGUCGACAUUCUUAUUUAUGGCCACACCCACAAGUUUGCGGCAUAUGAACAUGAGGGAAGGUUUUACAUCAACCCUGGUUCAGCUACAGGAGCUUAUAAUCCACUGCAAAGGUAAGACUCCUUCACGUUGGUUGGGGAGCCAGGGCAUGGGGUGAGGAUUUGAUUGUUUUUGCUGGCCCUGGGGUGGGGCAUUUGACUGAUCUUGUUCUCCUAGGGGAGGGGAUAUUUGCCUCUUUCUGCGCCCAACAUGCACUGGGAUCAAGUAAAUGUUUUAAGAUAUUGCAGUAUCAAUGUAAAGGGAAGCUCUGCUUUCCAAACAAAAAACACCAUCAGGUUAAAAUUGUGCAGAGAGCUUUAAUUUUCAAGAGACCUUUAACCCGAGAGAGGUAAAACCUUAGCAUUUUUUUUUUGUUAAUUUUGAAUUUUAUGACCAUUUUUGUAGAUAAUGUUGAAGUAAGUGUCUCAAUAAGCAACAGUUUUAAAAAUAAAUUUUAUUUGGUGUUACUCACAAAGAGCCUAACAUCACAUUCUUAUAUAUUAUACAUGGGACAGUGUUUUAGUUGAUACACCGAACUAAAAUUUAGAUUGGGCUCAAUACAAUGUUAAUAGAGUGCACUCAAAAUUUGAAAUGACUUUUGAUGCUUUACAGGACUAAAAUGUUUUGAUUCUGGCCACAAUGUGCAGCCAGGGGUGGGGAAAAUUUUGUACAUUUGACUGGAAUGAUUUGCUGAUGAGCAGGGAAUGUGACAGCAAAUUUUUGAAAAAUGCCAAAUCAGUUCAUUCAUGUCUCUCAGUCAUUGCACAAGGUCAUUAAAGCUCUGCACACUUUGUUCGCUUCUGAGAACUUAGGAGGAGAGGUCGACUUGUAGUAAGGCCCCAAGAAUAUUGUGAUAUCCAAACAUCUUCAGUAGCAACUUGAAGUUUGGUGUUAAGCUUUACCCAACACUUCUAGGACUGUCUGACAAAAUAAGUGUGGAACCUUUUUUUUUAACUUCUGUAGAACAAUAUAAGGGAGAAAAGUUUGACAGUCGAUGAAUUUUUUAUGUCUUGGAUGUAAACCUCUUUAUUGCUCAAGGUCCCUAUGCUUUGUAAAGUUGUCUUUUUUUUCUUAUUUUUCUGCCUAUCGGUCUGUCAAGAUAUGUGACUGUAAGGAAAAAUUAGAUGUAAUCAGUCUUGGAAUGUUGUUUCUUGUAGCGACAUUGUACCGUCAUUUGUUCUGAUGGACAUUCAAGCUGGUACUAUUGUCACCUAUGUGUAUCAGCUGAUCAAAGAUGAUGUGAAGGUGGAGAGAAUUGAGUACAAGAAACCUGUAUAG